AUCAGGCCGGGGGCCGGCCCGAGCGCGGCCGUCAGCUCGCGCGGGGCGGCUCGGCGAGUCCGGAGCGGAGCCGCGUCCUCCCCGCAGGCGCGCUCGUCGCUCCCCGCGCGGCCCUCGCGGCUUUCCCCCCGCGCGCUCGUCGCUCCCCGCGCGGCCCCCCGCACUUUGCCCCGCGGGCGCGCGUUGGAGAAUGCCGGAAAGAUGGCGGUAGCGGCGGGGCCGGCCGGCGGGGGCGGCCGCGCGCCGCGCAGCGGGCUGCUGGAAGUUCUGGUGCGGGACCGCUGGCACAAAGUUCUGGUGAACUUGGGCGAGGACGCCCUGCUGCUGAGCUGCGAGGACGGCGCGGCCAACGGCCUCGGGGCGGCCGCCGGAGCCUCGUCCCGCCGGGGCGCGGGGCCCGCGGAGGCGGCCGCCGGGGUGCGCACCGCCUUCACCGACCCGCCCGAGCGGGUGCCCGAGGCCGUGUGCAGCCAGAAGCGCGGCGUGAAGGUGCUGAAGCAGGAGCUGGGCGGGCUGGGCAUCAGCAUCAAGGGCGGCAAGGAGAACAAGAUGCCCAUUCUCAUCAGCAAGAUCUUCAAGGGGCUGGCGGCCGACCAGACCCAGGCGCUCUACGUGGGCGACGCCAUCCUCUCGGUGAACGGCGCCGACCUGCGCGACGCCACCCACGAUGAGGCGGUGCAGGCGCUGAAGCGCGCGGGCCGCGAGGUGCUGCUGGAAGUGAAGUACAUGCGCGAGGCCACCCCCUACGUGACCAAGGGCUCGCCGGUGUCCGAGAUCGGCUGGGAGACCCCGCCGCCCGAGUCCCCGCGGCUCGGGGCCAGCGCCCCGGACCCGCUGGCGUCGCAGCCGCCGUCCUUCCACCGAGACCGGAAGAGCAUCCCGCUCAGGAUGUGCUUCGUCACCCGCAGCCUGGCGCUGGCCGACCCCGAGAGCAGGCAGCUUGAAAUCCACUCUCCAGAUGCUAAGCACACUGUGGUCCUGAGGGCCAAGGACUCCGCCACGGCCCAGGCCUGGUUCAGCGCCAUCCACACAACCGUCAGUGACCUGCUGACCCACGUGAUCGCCGAGGCCCGCGAGCAGCUGGGCCCGAUGGGCCUUGCUGGGGGCCGGGAGAUCAGGCACCUCGGCUGGCUCGCAGAAAAGGUGCCCGGGGGCAGCGAGAAGCGGUGGAGGCCAGCCCUGGUUGUACUGACGGAGAAGGACCUUCUUAUUUAUGACAGCAUGCCACGGAGAAAGGAAGCCUGGUUCAGCCCCGUUCACACGUACCCACUGCUUGCCACCAGGCUGGUCCACUCCGGUCCAGGAAAAGGCUCACCCCAGGCCGGUGUGGAUCUGUCUUUUGCAACGCGAACUGGCACCCAGCAGGGGAUCGAAACGCACCUCUUCAGGGCCGAGGUCAGCAGGGACCUCUCACACUGGACGCGGAGCAUAGUGCAGGGGUGCCACGACUCGGCGGAGCUCACUGCGGAGAUCAGCACAGCUUGCACCUACAGAGACCAGGAGUGCCGACUGACCAUACAUUACGAGAAUGGAUUUUCGAUUACCACUGAACCACAGGAGGGUGCCUUCAAGACCAUCAUGCAGGCUCCUUAUGAAAAGCUGAAAAUGUCUUCAGAUGAUGGAAUCAGGAUGCUGUAUUUAGAUUUUGGAGGCAAAGAUGGAGAGCUUCAACUGGACCUGCACGCCUGCCCCAAGCCGAUUGUUUUCAUCAUCCAUUCCUUCCUGUCAGCUAAGAUUACAAGACUGGGGUUGGUGGCCUGAGCAGAGGGGCGGAUUACCUCUGAGCAAAGGAGGCUUCGCUGCCCCCAGAACAGCGUCGCGUCGCACCACCCGAUGCAGCGUGUCAGCUGCAGACCCGAGUCCCGCGCAGCAGGGCCCGGCUUGUCAGUUCCUGCACUAUGGAGGGAACCCUCAGAAAACCCCACAAGGACUGUCAGAACGGAACUGGUCUUCUAGCACAGUAAAAGGGCAGAGUUGAGGCUGAUUGGAAAUACGCAGCACAGCUCUUAGAUAAUGACAAUCGAGGACACGCUACUGAGACAGCACGCGCAGCUCUUAGCCAUCGCUUCUAGGCAGCUGGCUCACCUGCUAAGCCAGGGCUGAACAGAUGAGAAAAGGACGCUUUCCACCUCCCCCCUCCCCACCCCAGGAGUAAGGACCCCUCGUUUUACUGCGCCCCAUUUCCUACUUCUGAGUUGACUUCCACUGGUAAGGAAAGGACUCAAAUGGAAACCCACCUUUCAUUUAAGGAUGAAACGGCUUACUUUUUCUUAAUGAAUUACCUUUCAGUGAUGUAGGAGGAUUCUGCAGUGUUCUCAUGAGCAUAUGAUGAGUGGGGAUUAACACAUCAGAUACUUAUCUGAGCUGUAAGCCAGUAGAUUCUGAGCCAGAGUAGACUGCUUAAAUUGCAAAGCUUUGCUGAAGAGUGGUUUGCAUGAAAGAAUUAAUUCUGGGACUGCACUCAUACCAAGGCCUGCUAUUUUAGAGCCAUGACUUAGAGCUUUAUUUAUAGAAAGCAAGUUAUGGAUUUUUUAAGAAAGAUUGCCAUUUGAGAUAUCUACAUAAUAAUUCAUGGGGGUAACUAGUUAUACCCAUUUUGUGGUUUUCGGUGGAAGUGCUGAGCAAUGUAUGGGCCCUUAUUUCUGCCUGUGCCAUAUGCAUGAUUUUCAAGCAAGUAAUAGAGCCUGAUAUGAUUCUGUUUAAUACUGGGUUUUACAUAGAGAGCUAGUGUUAUAACCAAACCCAUGAAUAGCACUCGCAGCUCUUUUGGAAUUCCAGGGAAAUAAUAUGACCUGAUAUUCUUCUACAAGAUUAUUUUCAGACAGCAUCGUGAAGUCGCUCAGUCGUGUCCGACUCUUUGCGACCCCGUGGACUGUAGCCUACCAGGCUCCUCCAUCCAUGGGAUUUUCCAGACAAGAGUACUGGAGUGGGGUGCCAUCUCCUUCUCUAGAGGAGCUUCCCAACCCAGGGAUCGAACCCAUGUCUCCAGCACUGUAGGCAGGCGCUUUACCGUCUGAGCCACCAGGGAGGUACCAGACAGCACAGUCGAUAUAUUAACACUUUUGCUUUUAUCUUUCAGAACACAUUCACUGAAAACAACCUAUUAUUUGAUUUUAAGGUCACUUGCCUCAAAUCUUGAAAAUUAGCUCUAGAAUUUCUGUAUCUGCAACACUUCUCUCCUCUGUAGUUUAGAGACAAAUGUUCCAGGUUAGAUAUGUGUGUCUUUUCAGAGAGCUAUGCAGAAAGAUUUAAAAGUGAUUUUAUUCACUCAGAUACAUGUGUUUAUGGAGUUUUACUGUAGAUCAGCAUUUUAUUUUAGAUAGGUGUUUCCCCAGGGUAAUACAAGUAACAUUAAUUCAAGUUCCAAAGGGUAUUGACUGAAUGGUAUUUUGUGUAGAGAGAAAUAAAAGGGUUAGUAAUAAAAAGCUGCUUGUUAUACACUGCAUUAAAAAAUGUUAGAGUUCAUGGUUGCAGCCCUCUUCAAAGACUUUACUGCACACUGCAGUUCUGCAGGGGAAAUGAUCCCAACACAUAGGGAUGCUCCUAUGUCAUUCCUUACACAUCCACAGAGCUACUUUCUGAGACAUCUAUGAAACUAGUGUUUAGACACACACACAACAAAACAAUCACUUUGGAAAACAGCUUUAACACUGAUUUUGUUUCCUAUUUUAAAAUGCUGAAGAGUGAAGUCCCAGCCUCAAUGUUGUAGGAAAGCUUUGAUGCAUCUGUAAAUUGUCAUGCACUCUUUCAUGGUAUAUUUUCAAAAUCACUGGAAAGUUGUUUUACAAGAGAACUAUACUUGUGUAUUGUAAAUAACAUGAAAAUACAGAAAUUAGUGCCAAUAGUUCAAUAAUAUGUAAUCUGAGGUGCUCCAUACUACAUGCAGUGUGAGUUAACUACUCAUGAUUAAGUUGCAAAGAUCCUAUUAUAUAUUUAUAGACACAUUAAAAUGAUCAUAAUUACAAAUACUAUUUCUUCAUCACUUGAGUUUUAGACUGAUUAACAUCUGGGUGGGGUGCAAAAGAAACUACAUUCUCUGCAUUUAUGAAAGUUUAAAUAUUUAUAUUUUAGAAAAAUAUAUUUGAAUAAAAUCAAUGCAUUUUCUGAAUUAAAAUAUUAGCAAGAAAUAGAAAAUUUUACUAAGAACUGUGUAUAUAAAUCAUUUUUCUUCCUCAAAAUUAAAUUGUAUCAUAUCAGAGUGGCUAUGAUGAAUUAAUUCAAAUAUUCAUUUUUUUCUCCUUCAAUCUGAAUUGAACAAGUUCUUACUCCACACUGUAGAUUUUAAUCGUCUUGAUGUGCAUUAUGAAUGACAUGAAUAACACAAACUCACAUCCGGAUCAUACCUGGGUGUGGAGAGCAAAUCAACUGAGUCAUUUUGGGGGAUUUGUUUUUGUCCAGUUCCCUCUGUGAUCAACUGUCUCGUAUUUGAAUUGAUGAAUUAUUAAAUUCACAACGUCUGUUCUCUUAGGUGCAAACCAACUCCAACGAAUCAUGUCUUAAACUAGACUUUGAGGGAAGCUGCCCAGUUGUUAAGAGUAAUUAGGUGAGCCCUUUGGUGUGGUGACGUAUCUCUAAACCAUCCCAUGGGAAUUUAAAGAAAACCAACAGGAAUACAGACAUCAAGUUUCUUUUUCUGCCUUGACUAAGUAGGAGAAACGAAACUAUAAAUCUAUUUUAGAAACCAUUCAGCCAGAGGCAUUUAACUAUCAACUGAUGCACUGAAAUGCUGAAAAAAUGCACGUUGCUUUGUCCAAAAGCUCGCUGACCCUGCUUGGCUGAAGUCAGAAGGAACGGUCUUAAUGGGCAGGGGUCCUCUACAAUUAAUGACUGGGGCCUUUCUGGCCCAUUUUACAGAUAUUAUUCUAUCUUGAGUGGACUGGGGUGAGGACGUACUUUGUGAAUGUGCCAUGAGUUUAUAAAAUGUGCCUAUGUUUAUAGCACUGUGGCUAUCCUGUAAACUUUACAUACGAAUUAAAUAAAUACUCACCUCUGCA